AUGAAUGGGCCACCUGAUCGGAACGACGCGGUCGCUAAUCGCGGUUCCAAGGUGAAGUGGACAGAAGACGAGACGAAAGCAUUGGUCAAGGGCUGCAAUAAGCAUGGCGUCGGCAGCUGGGCUCAAAUUUUAUCCGACCCAGAAUUACGGCUGUCUUUUGAGGGCCGCUCGCCUAGUGAUCUAAAAGACUGGUUCCGGACGGGCGUUCCGGACUCAUACCGCCAGAUGCACUCCAAUGCCAAGACAUACCAGGGUAACCAAUCUUGUGGGCGAGCACCAGGUGUCCGCAGCGUUUUUGAGAAAGGCAAAGCAAAGGAGCGAAAUUUUUUCACGGUAGAGGAAGAUGAAGCACUUUUGCAAGGCUACAGAAAACACGGCGCACACUGGGCCAUCAUUACCCGUGAUCCCGUGUUUUUAAACCGGAGGCGAUCCACCGACGUUCGCGACCGCUUCCGCAACGCAUUUCCCGAGGAGUAUGCGCGCGCUGGCUACAAACCGAGGCGAAAAGGGAAAAAGAGCACGCCCUCCAAAGUUUGCACCGAGAACAAGGAAGACGCGGCGCAACCCAACAAGGCUUCCACACAUGCACCGUCGCCUUGCGUACCAGCACCCAUCUCUGAGAAUAGCACACCCCAGGAAUUUUCUUUCAGCAAUGCCUUGGUGAGCCCCAACUUGUGCCACUUCAGUGCCGACGGGACCAUUGCGGAACAUCAGCGGAGCAUGGCUAUAGCAUCCGAGCCGGUAAUGCAGUACAACUACAUGCCGUGGCCAGAUGCCAUAUUCAAACAAGUACAUGGCGCCGCUUCUGUGCCGAAUCCAACGUGUCCUACUCCCGCCUUUGGGUACAGUACCAGCACAGAAGAGUCUCUUUUACCAUUGGCAAAGGAUUGGCAAGUGCCGUUGGUAGCCAUCGGUCCCGUUGCUUCUCAAAACGACCUGCCGUUCACAGAGCCUAAUGCGCUGCAGAAUGCUUGGAUGGACAUGGUCCUCUAG